AUGCACACCUCAAGCACUGCAAUUCCGGAUUCCGAGCAAUCUAGGGCCCGCAGCCACAUGGAAAUUGAGGACUUAGUCGAUCAGCCAAACCGAAGACAUUGUAUCCGUCUUGACCCUAUGUACGAAGACGGGACUUGGUUUAAGUUGUCGCAUGCGAUAACUAAAGCGAUAUUGCGGAUGCUCCAUAACUUGUUGGACAAACCGUAUGAGAGAUACUCAUACAUGCCGAGACACGAAAAGGAUUUAUGGCAUCGUACUUUCGCGCAAGAGUUCACUUGGGACCGCCACCAUACAACGAAUGUUCUCAACACUUUCGACAAGUAUGCCGCUACCCAGUACUCGCAGCACAUGUACGAGUGGAAGCAGAAGUGGCUUCAGAAGAAACAUAAGCCAAAAGAUCUUGAAGACGAUGUUUGGAAAGGAUUUUGCGAGUAUUGGGAUAAACCAGCAACGAAGAAGCUUUCAACAACCAACUCGAAGAAUCGAAGGAGUGAACGGAAUGGGAAAGGGAUGUACAUUCACAACGGAGGUGCAAAGACUAUCGAACGAGAAGCGAUGGAAAUGGCAAAAAAAGCCGGUGGAAUUCCUCCGGAUUUUCUUGAGCUUUUGGAAAUAAGACACACAAACAAAAAGACCGGUGUUAUCCAAGAUCCGGAGAUUCGUGAGAAGAUUGAAAUCUGCAAAAAGAGGAAGGAGGACAAGAUUGUGGAACUCUCGCAAUUCAAUCCCGAUGGAUCGAUUUUUUCAAACGAGAUACCCCGAGAAGAGAUCAACGACGUUGUUCUCAGUGAAAUUCAAAAAGUGAAGGGCAGAUUUGUCGGGUUAGGCGGACUCCCGAGCCAAGAGUCUUCUUCUUCAAGUUAUUAUGCCCCAUCUGCAAACUACAAAGCUGACAUAGAUAAACUAUCUCUAACGAUUAGAGAGCGUGAUGAGGAGGUUGCAGAGCUUAAGGCCGCUAACCAGUCAACCCAACAAGAACUAUCUGAUCUGAAAGCCGUUUUGAAAACCGCAUUACCUAAUUUCUUUAAAUAG